AUGCUCGGGGAAGACCUUUUGCCCGCCGCAUUGACCACGACACUCAAAACACACAACCCACCAGAUUCCCUUUCUAAACUUUCUCCUCCCGACAACUUGCACAAUAUUGGCGACAUUCACAUCGCCAAUAUGGCUCCCAAGAAGCGUCGCGAGUCCUCUCCCUCCGCCCCCUCCACCAACAAGAAGGCCCGGACCACCACGUCCACCACCAACAAUGCCGCCGACGAAGGCGCUCCCACCACAGGCACCGCGCCACCACCUCCCGCGCCUGCUGUCGCUCCCGCCGCAACAGCAGCAACAAGCACCAUGCCGGACAACGUUGCCCUAGGGGCUGAGGACGAUCCCGUCGUCCGCACGUUCGGGAACCUGCUGGAGGGCAGCCAGCAUCCCUUCGAAGAGGGCAACACGGAGCAGAGGGACACCCUCGUGCAGCGAUACCGUGCCCGUCGAGACCUGGCCGACAUGUCAGCCCGCCCAGAGGGCUACGAGUUUACGCUCCGCCUAUACGGCCACGAUCCACAGGCCGUGGCACUGCUCAGCCCGCCGCAUCUGGCGGCCAUCCGCGAUGCCAACGGGCGAUGGCGUCGCAUCACGCGCGUGCCGGCACUCCACGGCCAGCAACCAUACACCACGCAAUGGUACAACCAGUACCUGCGUGACAGCAACCUGCCGUCGUGGUUCUUCUCUGGCAGCCACAUGGAGAUGAUGGAUUUGCCGCAAGAGGCGGAGGAUUUGGGCAUUGCCCAUGAUGCCACAGAACCAAGAACCUCGGAGCAUUAUCUUGAGGUGAGGUAUCCUCACACACCGCAAGUCCCAGAUGCCGGUGAUCAUGGCAGACAGGGGGCGUUUCUCUACCAGCUCAGCGAGGAAGAGCAAUUGCGUUUGGCGAGAAUGUUCCCAGCCACCAACUUUCUGGGCAACGACCGACGUGUGAUCGUAUGGCCAUCAGGCCGCAUCACGGUGCACCAUGAUCCGUCGAGUCUGGGACUACCGCAGAUCGUCUCUGAGCUUGUGGGAUGGAUUGACUCGGCAGUACAUGCCUCGUACGUCCUCGAGCCUCGAGCAAACAACGGCUCAGCAUCAACAUCGAUACCGCCACGAAACGAUCUACGACGCUUGGAGACCAUUGAGAAUGCUAGAGCCAACAGAGCUGUCCUCAACCCGAGAGGCCCUUGCCAUGGUGAUGGCACAUUUGAGUAUCUCACGGAGAUCGAUGAGAUAAAUGCACAGAUCUUGGAGUUCAACGAUGCUCACCAUGCAGCACAAUGCAUAGCAAACGGUGCCCUUCGUCGAGGUCUGCAGCCUGGCACAUCGCCAGUACUGGUCAGAUGGUCGCCCAAUACCGUCAAUGGGUACCUCAACCCGCCUGUGCAGCCCCCUGGCGAUGGCGAGUGGUACUAUCUAUCCCCUGAAUCGCAGAAUCUUGCCACAAUCAACUUCGGCGAUCAAGCUUGGGCUGCACCGCAUCUAGCUGGCAAUCACAACCCAACAGCCGAAGACAUCUGGAGAGUGCGCUUGCAUCACAACCGCUUGGUCGCUCUUGGCGGCGAUCCACUCGCCGACCCGACCGGUUCUGUCGACAUCGUCUGGGUGCCCGACGCGCCCACUACCACCAACAAUGGAGGAGUGACCGUGCUCUCGGACGACGAGUUCGACGAUUUGGACCCCGUCGAUGGCGUCGAAGUAGAUCGCGGCUUCGGCAUUGAUCCCGUCACAGGCCUGGCACAUUGGCCACCAAACGAUGGCACACCAGCACAUGAUCAGACCGCACAUGACGAUCGUGGCCAAUACCAGACGCGCAUGGUCGGCAAGAAGAACUUCAUCAAGAAGAUCACCCUCGACGUCGCCCGCGCUAGACCAACCGUCGACACUCACGGCGAAGCCAAUGGCAACGUCCCACAACCACACCGCACAUGGAUCUACCUCAAAGGUGGCCGCUGGGAACGCUGGAAAGGCUCCCACGAACUCGACGCACCGGGAGGCUGGGAGGACAUCAAGCUCGUCGAAAAGCUCAACCGCUGGGCCGAGCAGACUAGGAUUCGCCAAGAUUGGAGACAGAAGAGACCAGACUCGCGAGAACGCUAUACCUCCGAGCAGAAGAAGUGGGUGUGGGAGCUGGUCCGCGAUAAGAAAGAGUCGUACAGGACGAUCGCUAAAGCUUUCAACAAGGCCUUUGGCCUCAAGGGCACGCUGCAGAGAGAUGAGUCUGGGAUCAACAGUCUCGUUAGCAGACUGAAGGCCGAUGAGGCGAAGUGGGCUGCGGGUGUGAAGGUGCGCUGGAAGGAUGAGACGAAGGAGAAGACGAAGGAUGCCGAAGGUGGCAAGGAGGAUGAUGAGGGUGGAAAGGCGGAGCAGGAGACCAGUGGCGACGGUACAGCAGACACUGAGCAAGCAGAGCAGGGUGGAGAGAAUGAGGACGGUGGCGACGGCAGCGGGCAGCAGCAGGGGCACGAGCCGGGCGAGAGCCCUGAUGUGGAGCUUGACGAGUAA